UGCAAUUGCAGGCAAGUUCGACAUUGAACACCAUUCAGUGCUAUUUGUUGCGCCUGAACACCUGCUAUCCCCGCCGUUAGUAGCCUCUACCGACAGUGAUACGGUUGCCAUAGUGAUUGGCCCCAAUCCGUUCACCUUUGCACUGGAACGGAUGUGUGUCUCUGGUCGCACACACACUGGAGGCUUGCGUCUCCGGCACAGCGACGAUCACACUG